AUGUCACUGAAGGCCUCGUACCCUGAUUCUGAGGACACCAUCCAGGCCUGUGGUCCACUCCCUCCUGGAACAGCCUCCCGCAGCUUCUGUGACACUGCUGUGCUGUUCGUCCACCAUUCUGCCGCCGGUGCUCCCCCCAGGUUGGUGGCCGAGCUGCAGGGCGCCCUGGACGCCUGCGCACAGCGACAGCGGCAGCUGGAAAAGAGCCUGCGCGUCUCUCGGCGGCUGCUGCGGGCCUGGGAACCAGCCAGGACCCCUGCUCAAGAGCCACCUCCCGGGCCAGAAACUAAUAAAGAGGACCCGUCCUCAGCAUGCCCAUCUAGCCCCCAAGACCUCAAGGAGCUGGAGUUUCUGACACAGGCACUGGAGAAGGCUGCACGGGUGCGAAAAAGCAUCUCUAAAGCUGGAGAAAGAGUCAAAGCCUCCAGUCUGAAAUCGGUGUCCAUUGCUGCCUCUCCUGGCACCACAGCCUCUGCUGCACCCCGAGCCCCGGGCCAGGCUGGCAGCCAUGCAUCAGGGACAAGACCCACCAAAGGUAUCCACCAGAACACAGUGCCUGUCAAAGGCUACCCUGAACACAGGUUUCUGUCACCAAGGGAUAGGAUCCAUGUGGGAAUAGGAGCCCGAGCCACCAGACCUGGACCUGGCCUCAGGGACCAACAAAUAACCCCAUCGGCUGUUCCUCAGGCCCCAGAAGUCUUCACACUCAAGGAGAAGGGGACGCUACUGCAGCUGCCCGUGGCCUUCAGGAAAGUGGCUUCCCAGAACUUCCGCUUGUGGGCCCAGCUCAAUUCUACACACACUAAUGAGUCCACAGAUGCUGCUGCUGCCACCGCCAAAACCCACUUUCUCCAAAAAAUGCAGACAGCCUCAUGCUGGCCCAGCUCUGGGCUCAGUGCUAUGGAGGUGGAGGUAGGGCGCCUGCGGAAUGCCUGCUCGCUGCUGAGACUACGCAUGAGGGAGGAGCUCUCAGCAGCCCCUGCUGACUGGAUGCAGGAAUACCGCUGCCUGCUUACCCUGGAGGGGCUGCAGGCCAUGGUCGGGCAGUGUCUCCACAGGCUGCAGGAACUGCGUGCAGUGAUGGUGGAACAGCCGCUGGUGUCCUCUCCCAUGGGAAGGUCUCCCUGGGGCUCACUGCCCUGUGGAAGCAGAGUGGACCCUUCCUGGAGCCCCCAACCACUUAUCUACUCCAGUACCCAGGAGCUGCAGACCUUGGCAGCCCUCAGGCUGCGGGUGGCCAUGCUGGAGCAGCAGAUCCACCUGCAAAAGGUCCUAAUGGCUGAACUCCUCCCGCUGGUGAGCAUGCAGGGGCCACCCUGCCUGGCACAGUGCCGUGCGGUGCACAGCCUGCUCUGCGAGGGAGGCGAGCGCUUCCUCACGAUCCUGCAAGACGACCCUGCAGACUGAGCCCUUCCCAGGGCUGUACCCAAGUCCCCUCCUCCCUGGUCAGAGAUAAGUGAAUGGGGAUUGAGGGGACAUUCCCCAGUGUGCUGGGUCCUGGGCCCAGAGGGGCUGGCAGCUCUUCUCAGGGCAACCACACCUGCUGGUCAGGGCUCAGCUUCCAGCCUUCCUGAGGCUCCAGGAGCCCAGAGGCCUGUGCAGAACUUUUCUUGGCUACCUCUGUUUUCUCUUGCUGUAGACCUAAGAGUCACUUGUAUGACAUUAAAACUACUUUAGAAAUUAUAUGUAUUUAAAUCAUA